AUGACGUCGACGUCAUACAUCCAUUUGUUGAUGGAAAGGUUUCAAUUAAUAUAUUUUUAAUAAAAAGAAAAUUUUUUUCAGCUACCAGUCAAAUCACCAGCUAAAAAAAGUGGAAGAAGGACGUCAAAGAACAAAAAAACCGGCUGUAAAUAGGAGAAGAUCCCAGCGUGAGAGGAAACCAAUCGAUUUUUAGUUGGGAUUUCGAUAUUUUUGUAUAUUUUCAAUGUGGAAGGCUUAUUACUUUGAAAAUAGUGCUAAGAAAGUUGUUAUUUUCGAAAUUUGAACAGUUUUAAAAGCUCAAUUCCACUUUCCUUGUGUCCUUUUAACAGGUUAUAAUAAAGAAGGUUGGCCAUCAAAAAAAAAUAUACAAGAGAUGAGAACAUUUUUUGAAAUUUUUCCUGUCAAGGGAUGAGCAUUUUCUCUCACUUUUCAUAUUUUAGCCUCAAAUUCUGGCGUUUUCUGAAAACUGGUCAGUUUCUUGCUUACUGUACUGACUGAGGGUCCUGAAAAUCUAAAAUUUCUCGAUUUUCGAGUAGGAAUAGCUCAAAGUCUCAAAAUGCUUCCAUUUACCCUGCUUUCAAGGAUUAUCUUUCAAAAAAAAUAUAGUUUGAAGCUUGAACCUUCCGAUUUUGUUCCAAGUUGAAGAAGAACUACUUUUCAACUAUUGAAAAAAACUUUUUUCCAGUCAAGCCCCUGUUUGGAAUCGACCAACGAAAGCUUAUCGAAGAAAGAAGUCAACGACACAGUCAAAACUGCAAACUUCAAGGUUAAAAAAAAACCUAAACCCCAAAAUUAUUCCAAUUUUCAGCUCCUCUUCCAACAAUAGCGCCCCAGUAACCCCUUCCCCAAGAAAAAAAACUGGGUUUUCCUUAAACUUGAUAAACAUUUAAUGUAAAGUAAUAUUUUCAGACGUCCACGCAAGGCCAACAAGAACGACGCCACGGCUCAAUAA